AUGUCCGUCAACAGUGACUCAACUUGCAAGGAACAAUAUGUAACAUUUUCGACGAAAAAUACCGAACAUCUAGCAGAUAGGCCUAAAGCCCUAAGACGUCGAAAGACACCUUACGUUUGGGGUGACAAUUUGAAUCCUGCGUUUGACGACGAUGAUGAAGGAUGGCAUGACACUGAUAGCACAAGCAGCGAUAAUAAUAACAAAGAUAAGAUAGGUGAAAACUGUGGGAAUAUGGGAUUAUGGACAAUAUUUCUUUAUACUUGGGUUUUGGGUGAUAUGACAAAUUAUGCUUUUGCCCUUCUUGGAAUAGAUGAAAUAAUGCAAUUCGCUUCAUUUGCUGGUUUAGGCGGCAUAAAUUUUAUCUUGGCCUGGGGUGGUUCUAUAGGUUGUGACAUCCUCACUAACUGGCUUUUAACUAAUAAAAAAGAUUCUUUAAAUGGUCAAAACACUGCACCGCUGAUUGUCUAUCAAGAUUCGGAAGAUAAUAGCACGGAUACUGUCUUAUCCUCCACCAAUAAUCAUCGAAGACGUCAUUUAAUUAACUUUUCUAUACCACCAAUUUUUACUUCUCUUUUUGUAUAUUUAGUCGUGAUAUUUUUAGUUAUCACAUAUGGUUCUAUCAGACUUUCAACGGGAUAUUUACCAUUUUAUCAGCAAAAUAUUAAUGAUUUCGCUCCUUCAUUGAUAACAAUGGGUUGUGUAAUUCGUCAAAAUUCAGCGGUUAACUCUGAUUAUAUUGAAACAACUCGUGAAUUAGCUGCAAAUGGUAGUAAAAUAGUAUUGUGGUCUGAAGGCUCUGGAAAUAUAACUGAUACUACCCAAUUAACUGACCUCUUUAACUCACUCACGAAUAUUUCCCAAACUUAUAAUACAUAUAUAGGUGUUGCUUAUAUAGACAUUCGUUCUGAACAACCCCAUUAUAAUAAAUUAACCGUUAUUGCACCAUCAGGUGACAUAAUAAUAGAUUAUUCAAAAGCAAAUUUAGUUCCAUUUUUAGAAAGUAAAGUAUUUAAGCGAGGUGUGAAUGUGUUGCAAACUAAUAUAACGAAAGAAUUUGGCGUUAUUGGAGCGGCAAUUUGUUUUGAUUAUGAUUUUCCAUCGUUAAUUAAACAAGCUUCUCGUAAAGAGGUGAAUUUAAUGUUGGAUGCAAGUCCUGUAGGAAUCCUCCAUUCUCGUAUGAACGCAAUCCGUUCAAUAGAAAACGGGUUCACAAUGUUAAGAUGUAAUGCAAAUGGAGUAUCUGGUGUUUGGGGACCAUACGGCUUGCCAUAUCAUUAUGUACCAACUACAACUUCAAAUACUAAAUUUGUUGCAUUUCAAGUACCAUUAUAUCCAAGGGUUAAAACUGUUUAUGGCAUAUUUGGUGAAACUUUCGGAUGGCUAUGUGUUGCUAUGAGUGGUGUAAUAAUAGUUGCUAUGAUAAUCGAAUGGAAAGGAAGUGCAGAAUGGAAAGCGAUUAUCAUAAAAUACUCAAACCUUAAAAAACUUGUUUAUCAAAUUGAAAGAGAAAUAAUUUCGGUAUCUAUCGUUCCAGAAGAUAAUGAAGCAAUUGAAGCGUCCCCGUUGUUAGAUUCAAAAUCCCGCGUCAACUCUAUAUUUAUACCAGCACUUGAUAAAGAACUUGCAAAGAUCAGUACAUUUUAUAUCAGUAAAGAGAAUGAAUUAUUUGAUGAAGUCACGAAUCUUGUUCAUGAUUUUGCCGUGUUUGAAAAUCUUCAUGAUUCUAUAAGUAUUCAUAGUAACUCGCUAACUACAGGUCAUUCUUAUCAAUCAUCAGAGGGUGCAUACAGUCAAGGUUAUAAUUCUCAUUCUUAUAGAAGAGGCAGAUCGGCUUCAGAUGCUGCUACUUCAUGCAUUAGCAGUGAAGAUGAUGAGAAUUAUAAUUAUUCAGCUAUUAAUUUACUUGAUGGGCGUAUAUCUUAUUUAUGGGGACCACCAUCAAUUGAAGAACGAAGAAUACACCUAAAGAAACGCACUAUUGAACUUUUCGUUUGGUUAUCUGAACUAAAAUCAUUUGUCUCCCUAAACAAAACAGGAUUUUCGAAAAUUUUAAAAAAAUAUGAUAAGGUUACCAAUGGUAAUCUUAAGAUUUCUUAUUUAAAUAAUGUGGUUAAUGACGCGUAUCCGUUUAAAGCUUCAACUAUUAAAAAUCUUGAAGAUCACAUUUUAAAAGUGCAAGAAAUUUAUUCUUAUUUAUGUACGAAUGCUGACAUGGAUGCUGCAGUGCGUGAACUCAAAACUCAUUUGAGAGAAUUUAUAGUCUGGGAAAGGAAUACUAUUUGGAGGGAUAUUAUUGGCCUAGAAAGAAAGUCUCAUGCCGUAGGUGUGAAAGCACCCGUAACGGUAGAGAAACUAGUUGAAGUUCCUGCAAACAUUAAAACACCUUUCGGCAUGGUAACCGUGCCUAAUACUUUCUUGAGGAAUUUCUUGUUAUUGAUAGUUUGCGUUGUUGCUUUUUUAUUCUGUUUGCAUGCAAACUUGUUUGAGAAAGCAGAACAAAACAACUGUUUUGCUCUAUUGAUAUUCGCUAGUCUUCUUUGGUCUUUAGAAGUUAUACCUCUUUUCGUCACGUCACUUUUAGUUCCACUACUGGUCGUAUGUUUACGCGUAUUACAUUCAAAUGAAGUUCCAUACGAUCGACUUGAUGCACACGAGACUACGAAGCAUAUUUUUUCCGCCAUGUUUUCACCCGUUAUAAUGCUACUUUUGGGUGGCUUUGCUAUUGCUGGUGCUUUGAGUAAAUAUCAUAUUGCUAAAAUGAUGGCAACAGUUGUGUUAUCGAAAGCUGGAACAAAUCCAAAAUUUGUUCUUCUGUCCAAUAUGUUUGUCGCAACUUUUGCAAGCAUGUGGAUAAGUAACGUUGCUGCACCAGUUUUGUGCCUUUCACUAAUUCAACCAAUUCUUCGAAACUUGCCUCCAGAUAGCUCAUUUGGACGAUGCUUAAUCUUGGGAAUUGCUUUGGCAUCAAACGUUGGUGGAAUGGCAUCUCCUAUAUCAUCACCGCAAAACAUAGUAGCGAUUCAAAAUAUGAAUCCUUCCCCUACAUGGGCUCAAUGGUUCCUCAUAGCUAUUCCGCUAUGUAUCAUUGUGGAUGGUUUACUUUGGAUUUUACUACUUUGGAAUUAUCAACCACAUAGUGAUUCACUAACGAUUCAUCCAAUUAGAUCAACCAAAGAUCCUUGGACUAGAACUCAAAUAUUUGUUAUGGUGGUUACUAUCAUAACAAUUUUAUUAUGGUGUAUUGAAAAUCAAUUGGAAUUUUUCUUUGGAGAUAUGGGUGUUAUAGCAGUUGUACCAUUGGUUUUAUUCUUUGGUACAGGUAUUUUAACUAAGGAGGAUUUCAACAAUUUUUUGUGGACGGUUAUUAUAUUGGCAAUGGGUGGUAUAGCACUUGGUAGUGCGGUACAUGAUUCAGGGUUACUACAUGUUAUCGCUAAAACUAUUCAGUCGAUGACUAGUAAUUUGGAUGUAUGGCAAGUGUUUGUGGUAUUUUCUUUUUUGAUUUUGAUUGUGACCACAUUUAUUAGCCAUACAGUUGGAGCAUUGAUUAUUUUACCUAUUGUCGCUGAAAUUGGAGAUAAUUUGGGUGGUUCACAUCGAAAUUUACUUGUCAUGGGGUCGGCAUUAAUGUGUUCUGUAGCUAUGGGAUUGCCAAUAUCCGGAUUUCCUAAUAUGAACGCGAUAAUGAUGGAAGAUGAGAUGGGAUUACGAUAUCUUCGUAUAUUGGAUUUUGUAAAAUCUGGUAUACCUGGAUCUGUUUUAGGGAUGAUGACUAUAGUUACAGUUGGUUAUGGAUUAAUGCUACUUAUCGGUUUUUAA